UCCACCGCGGCCCGCCGCUGUGCCAAGUUCCGCACAAGUUACACCCACUCUUCUGCUCCAGCCUGAAUCUCCUCCUACCUUCAGCCACAUUUUCUUUUUCAACCGCUGACUCGUUUGUCUUUUUCAAAGAUGUCUCUGAGUGAGAAAAGUACCGAGGAGAUCAGCGAGUUGCUGACGAAGUACGGCAUCAAACAUGGACCCAUAGUCGACUCUACUCGAAAGCUGUAUGAGCAGAAGCUGGAGAAGGCCAUGAAGAGCGCUCCAGUGAAACCCUCGUCUGAUAAGACCUUCUACAGAGAGGAAGAGGAGGAAAUUACCUACAUCACAUACAGUCCGGUUAGACACGAGGUUCAUGAGGGCAUGCUGAAACGAAGAGGCAACGUUGCGACAGAUGAAGACAAGGAAUCGGACCAAGAUACAGAGCCCCCUAUCCAGACCACUAACAGAACAGCCAAUCACAGCGCAGUACAACCCAGGGAGCCAGUCAAAAAGUCUGGAGGCGGGAUGUGGAGAGUGACUAGGCUGCUGCUGCUGUUAGCCGUGUUAGCAGCUGUCUUCUACUACGCCUACUGCCGUGUGAUAAACAAUGAAGAAAAUCCUUUUGGGAUUCAAUGAUCUGAUUUGUUGUUAGGAUGUCAGGUGUUUUUUUAAUUCUGUUAAAGGCAUUUCAUGUCAUUAGUGGUCACCGUUUGACUACAUUCCAUAAACUUGUAAAGGCUGGCAAUAUCCUAUAUUUCUUAGUGUCAUCAAAUCCCAUCAAAUGACCAAAACCAGACAAAUUAUAGUCUGUGUAUCACAGCCUGAUGGAUCUUCCUCCUCUGAGCCAUAGAGCUCCACACACUGUAGUUUAUUCUGACUCAGUCCCACAGACAUCGUCCUGCUGCCCCAAACACUCACUAGAGCAGCAAACGUGGAUUCAUCCGCCGCUGGAAAUAGUGCCCAACAGAUGCACUGUUUCCUCCAAUGAUAUAUUUUUGAGCCAUUAAAGAUUUCCACAUUCAGUAGGAACCAGUGGGCCCGGGGCUGAGAGCCGCAGACGGACUAGGAAAGUCAGAAAGUAUUGAGACGCACACUAACACGUGCGUAGUCUGGUCAUGGUUUUGGUCUUUUCAUGGGAUUUGUUGAGAAAAAAUAAAGAACAAUGCUCGCCUUCUCCUUCAGUGUCUUUGCUUUCCUGCAUGAAUGUCUUUCAGCUAUGCAGAGUUUUGUGUAUUUGAUUUCUUUUAUACAGCUGUUCUCUAACGUGAUUUGUUCUUAUUUGUGAGAUAUACAUGAAGAUAGCACAACAGACUUGUGAACUGAGGCUGUCUUUCAUAUUUCCAAGCUGCCCUCCUCGUCAUGUCCAAUCAAAAACCAAAGGCUGUUGUCUAUAUGUGUUAAUAAAAAAAUGAAAUCGGGUCUCCAGCUCUUAA